AUGCACAAACUACUCAGGCGUUUCUUUAAUCGCCUUCGACGGAGACCCGUUCUAAAAGAGCUGAAAGAAGAUGCCCGGGGAGAUCUCACUUGCAUCUCGCCUGAGGUCAUCCUAGAAGUCGCCGAGUUCCUCCCCAAUGGCUCGUUAAUCUCGCUCAGCCUUACCUGUCACGCCUACCACGCUCUUCUUUCGGGGGUCACCCGCAAUGUCAAACUUGAAGGAAUGGAGUUGGAAGAGUUCCUGCAGGUGUUGGAGAAGGAUUGCGCCAGCUCGUACUUUUGCUAUACCUGUGUGAGGCUUCACCAACGGGACCAACGAGGGGAAGUUGACCCCUGCAAGUGCUACAAAUGGGGUUGUAGAAAGAACUGUGUGUACCACUUCCAUUUUUAUCUGUGGAUCGGCUCCGGUUCGAUGAUAAAAUAUCCCGACGUGCGACUUAUCAUGAAUCGCCAUUUCAACGGCCCUACCCAUGGACUCCCCCUCGACACGAUCAACCACCAAGGACCAGUCUUGCGAUACGGAGAUGGCGGCAUGAGGCAAUGGACGGCCCAUGCUCGUAUAAUUCGAGACGAACUCUUCGUACAGAGGACUCUGGUAGCCUGGAUUCCAAAUGACCUCCCAUCCAAGAGGCCUAUUGAUCGCGUGGAUAUCCCGAUUUGCCUUCAUGUUAGAAGCAUUUACACAAACUUCGCGGAUGAAUACCUCUACACAGCCUGUUAUGGUCUACCAGAGUUGGCAGAUGUAUCGACGACCUUCAACGGCUGCGAUAACUCAUUGGGGUCGUGCCCCGUCUGCUUUACUGACUACUCCAUAACUAUAUGUCCGGAGAGUCGCCAGCGGCAAGGCUGGCGCAUAAAUGUAGUGAGUUACCAGCAGCUUGGUGCUUGCCGAUCCCCUUAUGAUUGGAAGUGGAGGCUUGCUGCCGAAGACUGCAUUUGGAACGAACCAAGAUGCCGGACCCAGGAGCCGGGGCUCGUACGACAGCGUUGGAUGUGUCAAGAUGGCUUCAUCCAACCAGAGGGAAAGUAUGUCGGCAAGGCUCGCAGAACGAGUGGUAGUCUCCUUGGAUCGAGGCGCUGUCCUUGA